ACAUACAAUGCAGGUGGUCGAUUAAAUUUUAUGAUAUCUUCCCUGUGUCAAUUACGUUGCAUAUUCGAAGUAAAAUUCAAUGAGGAAAAAAUGGGGUGAAAGGUCAUGUAUAUGGGAACACUGUGACAGUUACUGUACUGAACGAAUUAAGCUGACUGGUAAACCCCAUUCCUGACUGACAGAGUCACUGCCCGUCUGUCCCUCCGCGCGCUCCUGGGAUAGGUUGAUGUGGUCAAGAGAAAGCGUGCCCAGAAUCCGGAACAUCCGGAUUGGCUCCCGCGGUCUCCCUGUGGGCAACUACUCGUCAGCUUUCGGCGCGCAAUUUAACCCCAUAUUUAUGAAUCAAUCGACUUUUAAAUUCUUCAGUUUUGGAAAUAUGCUAAGGCUACAUCAUGGCGUCGUUAUGUUUUAUUCACAGUCACCCAAAACGGCGAAUACAUUUAGACAACAACUAAGGAUGGAGUUCAGGGGGAUGUUACCAAUCGCAAAUUACGCACAGUUUCGUCCCCAUUGUCAACUGUAUCGAGGUUAAAUAGCUCGGAAUACAAGUUGUAUUCUGGCUGAAACAGUAUUUGUCUCAAAUUCCCUCAACUUUCCCCCUUUUGUAUUUACAGCUGAGUCAUAACCCCGUCGGGAUGCGUAGAGCCACCUGCCGAUCUCCACAAUGCCAUACUUUGAGCAGACACACGACAUAACGGAAGUACGAUAUCACACUUGCCGUGUUCACGGACACCGUGGAUGCUAUUAUCCAUGUUUAUGAGUCAGGAGCACGUGCGUCGCCUUUCAGAGGACACUCGCGUAGCGGCCCAUUAUCAUUUUCCCGAUAACAAUUUCUUAGUUUUCCGGUUGUUCGUGUGAGUGUCUCGCGGUGUUGGUCGAAAACAUUUAUUUUAUGCGCGUUUAGAACGCUCACUCCGGCUUGAGAACUGCCACUGAUGCCUUAUUGCUUUGAAACAGUAGCUGACACAGGUGUAACGAGGGAUGAACGGGGUUAAAAUAGACAGAGAGCGGAGUCUAGCAGAAACGUGCUUUCAGUCAGUUCUGCCUAAAAAGAAAUCCCGGGUAGAAAGUGGGCGGAAACUCGCCAUAUUUGGUCAUAUACGUCACUUUCGCUCGACCCUCUUCCAGUAACUUCAAAUGACUGCACCAUUGCAUUACAUUUGUAGGGGAGCACUGGUGUGCUUGUGUCGGUCAAUAAUUUAAAAAUAUCAUAGACAUUUCUUCACACUGUCUAAUACAGUUAAAACGUAAUGUUUACAAAUAGUAUUUUGUCUCUAUUUUACAGUUUUUGUGGAAUAGCAAGGACAUUUGUGGUUUACGUUUUCUUAACUUCCCCCAUUGUGUGUUUGACGUUGAUCUCGACUCACUCAAAAAGGGGUUUCCUCACUUUGAAUGUGUCAGACUGGGAUAGUAACUUUACUCUGUAAGUUAAAAACAAAAUCGAAUUACAAAACUUUUCUUCCGACGACAUUAUAUUGAUUUAUACCUUGUUCUGCUGGAUUAUCUUCUGAGUCACGACUGUCAACCAAACGUUUUUGGACUUUGGUUGGUCAAAAUAUGUACCGGAAUUUCGGAAACUUCAAUCGGGGCACGGACCAGUCCUCAGGAACAGGUUCACCUAGAACUACGGCAGCGAACUCCAGAACAGCGGAUCCUGACAAUACAACCACACAACCUCAACAGACUCCCCCUCCUUCCAACCCCUCUUCCUCCCUGUCUCACUCCCUCCCUCCCCACCAUCCCUCUCUCCUCCACCACCAGCAGAAGUUUUCAUUGGGCGGCCCAGCCAACUUUGUCCCCAGUCUCAAUGCCAUCACCUCCAGCCAGGACCUGCAGUGGCUCGUCCAGCCCUCUCUCUGGCCACAACCUGGCCCCUCUCUCCCGCCCCCGCCCCCACCCCUGCCCCCGUACCCCCCCCAGCCGGCCCUGCGCUGCUCCCCGCCCCCCCCGCUGCACCACCCCGCCCUGGCGUCCAGGGCCUCCAUGGCAACCUUGGGCUCGACGAGAAGACGCCCGGACGAGCAGUUUACGCCGGAGGAGCUGGAGAGGAGAAGGAUCCGGAGAGAAAGAAACAAACUUGCCGCGGCCAAGUGUCGGAAUCGCCGCCGUGAGCUAACGGACACUCUGCAGAACGAGACGGAUCGUCUGGAGAGCGAUAAGGCGGAGCUGCAGAAGGAGAUCGCUGGGCUGGAGAAAGAGAAGGAGAAGCUGGAGCUGGUUCUGGAGGCCCACCAGCCCAUCUGCAAGAUCCAGAGCUCUGACUCCGACUCGGACCACAGCACCAGGGGACGCGCUGCUGGGGGCCGGGUCAAAACCGAACCCGAGGACCCCCCCGUGGCCGGCCCGUCCCGCCGCCGCGGGCCGAGAAUCACCCUCCCCGCCCCCGUCACCGACUCCUCCACCCCCCCCUCGCCCUCUGAACCCGAGUCCCUGCACACCCCCACCUUCAUCUCCACCCCCUCCCUCACCCCCUUCACCGCCAGCCUGGUGUUCACCUACCCCACCGCCGCCCCCCUGGAGCCCGGGGUCCCGGCCGCGGCUCACCGCCUCAGCCCGCCCCCCCCCUCCUCCGGCCCGCUUGGUACGGCCCACUCCUCUCAGAAGCCCCAGCCUUGCGGAGCGGCCCAUCGCCGUAGCAGCAGCAGCGGCGACCAAUCGUCCGAUCACUCCCUCAACUCCCCCACCCUCAUCACCCUCUGAUUGGCUGCCUGUUCAGCACAGGGUUGAGGGAGGAGGUUUUUGGGGUUUGUUUUUUCCCCUCCUCGUAGAACUCUGCAGUCUUUUGACACUGAUUGGCCCAAAUUCAGAGAGGUCCUGAAGCCUGCCAAUGGGAAUGGAGACUUGGCUCAGCUGAACUGAUCUGAUUGGCCAGUGUGGGCUUAAGGAUUGUGUGUGUGCUGGAACCCUUUCAGCUUCCGCUUCUUCUCAGUAUUUCUACUCUUCUAAAGAUGGACGACCGAAGACUGGCACUUCCUCAGUCACACUUUCAUUCUGCUGCUUUUCGUCGACACGCCCACGACAUCCUUACAAACUGAAAGUACGACUAUGGGAGAAGCAGUUUCGAGUUACGUGAUAUGCCAUGUGAGUUAUUAUGACAUCACAAGAGGCGGUUGUCAGGAAUGUUCUGUUUUGUUUGGCCUGUGCCCUGUGUGAACUGGUCAGAACUGGUUUGAACUGGCUGUGGAUCAGCGGUGAGUCUAGAACUCUUCACUCUGGCUGAGAAAGUCAAUCAGAAUCAAAAGGUGGGGAGAGGAACUGAUGAGAGAGAGAGAAGAAGAAAAAAACGUCCGUUUGAAAAGACAGGAUUAUGUCAACGAUAGAUGAGUUAGCCGAACCCUUAAUGGGUGGAGCUAGUGAGCUGUCAAUCAUUGAUCCUAAAUGACUGGUCCCAUACCAGUAAAUGCAUGAGAGCUCCUCUUAAUUUUAAGGUUCACAAGGCCACACCCUCCCAUCACAGGGAAAUGCUGCCCGUACUGGUGAUGAUGAUGAUGAUAAUGAUUAUUAUUAUUCACAGGGGACUUCUAUCAAAGUCAAUAAUUUCCUGUUCUGUAUCAUAUAUGAAAUGUUACCUUCAUGUCUGUGAGCUCUGAUUCCACUUUAUGCUAAACAUGGGGGAGGGGGGGAUUCCCUUGUGUCUGGGCCUAAUGUCCCUUCAGACUUUCUCUACCUGCCAACCUAGUCACCCCCCCCCCCCACCCCCCCAGUUUGACUCAGUAACUUCCUCCACUAGCUCAUGGGUGAUGAGUGUUCUGGCACAAAAUGGCUAGUGGGGUGGGGGGGGGGGGUCGUAUGGGAGGUUGUUACACAUUGGCUGUAGUGAGUCACCCCCCACUUGGAAAUCUAUGAGGCACCCUAUAUACCGUAAGUGCAGUCCAUUAUAUUAUUAUUUUUCGAGGAACACAUAAAGCAAAUGGCCUCUGCUGCUGCCAGUGCUUUUGCUGACAGAAGAAGCCUGUCGUUGGAGCAACAGAAGCAGUCAGCGAAUGCAAAGCAUAAACCCAGAACUGUUCUUCUGAAGGAUGGCGGUGUAGUUUAGGGAACUGGGGGUGAUCAGAGGUUCGAAUCCCAGGCUGGGCGUGGCUCCCACACCCUUGAGCAAAGGCACUACACCUUCAAUGCUUCAGUAAAAUAUCCACCUAGAUGAAUAGGCAGUUUAAAUAAAAGUGCGCUUUUUGAGGUGCCUCUGGGCGAGAGGAUCCACUAAAUAUGCAAAAUACAAAAAUGUAAGAUCUAAAUGUACAAAGCGUACAAAGUAUUUGGCGUCUGUGAGUUCAGGAAGGGGAUAUUAGACGUUCACUCAUUCAGCACGGGGUAAUGAAAUGCUGUAAUGGUGAUUAUACGCUUCGUGUGGCGAUCGCUAAGCAACCAGAGCGUGAGCGCGAAAAAACCACACAACACUCCACUUCCGACCAACAGCCCAGGACUUGCCUUUGUGACAUCACAGUCGCAUAAUGACAUCAUGGGCCAUUCCGGGGGCGUGGCUCUGGGUUAACUCCGGUUAACACGCGCACAGGUGGAAGCAUCGAAAUCAGUCACGGUAGUAAUGGGCUCACAUAUAUUAAACAACUCCUUCCAAGUUAUAGAUUUGGCGGAGAUCCCCGUUCUGCUUGCUACCGAAAUUACAUAUAGAUAAAUUCAUUCCAUAUUUAUGAAACCUAAGAAGAGGUUUCAUAAAUUAUUUUUAUUAUCUUCCAUUUUCUUUCUAAACUUUUCUUUGAAUAAAAAUUGGCACUACAUUUGUAAUAAACGUUAUUCGCUGGCGUACGGUCAGUGCUGUCCAAGGGGUCUUAAACAUUAAGCUGCUGUGUUCUGCUGCUCUAGGAAUGAACCCUAACCAACUAAAGGGAUAUUUCAUUAAGAAUGACAGAUACAGAGGUGAGUCAGAUUCCUGUUUCUGACAAACCCAUCCGCCCCCUGUCGAGUAUGUGAAUGCUACUUAUUCAAUAGUAUCCAUUCGUUUGUAUAAAUAAAGGACAUGUCUAUGUUAUUGCUUGUGAUUCCCUGCAAGCGGGGAUUCGAAAAGAAGGCUGAUUAUGACGACAAAUGACCCGAUGGACCCGCACAUGCGCGGAAUGUAGAAGCUGUGCAUGGAAAAGCCGCGUGCGUAAAACCCGAGUAUGGACGUAAAGUGCCGACAGAAAUGUAUUAAUAUACUGUGCCUUUGUUUCUUAGGUGAUCAAAGAGAACCUAUAAAAUGUAGAUUAAAGAGAAACACGACUGUUGAAUUGUAUGUUGACUAUGCUUGUGUGCUAGCUAUGCACAAGCCGUUGAUUGCUGAUGGUGUAUGGUAUAAUGGUAUAAAAUGUAUAUGCAAACAAACGGUCAGUAGAUUUCUGAGAGUGCACGACUUUACCGAGAAAUGAAAUGAAGGCGGGACCCUCGAGAACAAAAGGAAAACAGUAAAAUAUAUAUUUAUAGAUCAGAUGAAUUUGUUUAUUUUCUUGUACGUUUGCUGGUCUCAGAAUUGCACGUGUGUGAGUGUACACUGAGCACUGUAUCAGCUUAAGGAACAAUAAAGGCAGUGAAACUGUGCUUGUGGUCUGUGUAUUGCGCUCUGUGGGGGGGGGGGGGGGGGGGGGAUCUGAUG